CGUGAAGCAGUGGGACAAGUGUUUCGUGUUCGUCCACACACGAGUGUGUCUAUAAAGGCAACCGAAUUCCGUGCAAGAUCUUCAUUGCUGGUUGACCUCACGGUAGCACUUCACCGCGCAGCGAAUCUGCGAACCACGUCUCGGGCAAUCUAUUCUUACGCUGCGAAGAAAGGAGCACCAAGGGGUUUGCAAAAUAUCGCGCCACAGUCAGUGUUUUUUCCUCCAACUCUACCAACCAUGGGGCAGGACGAAGAGGAUGCUGCCUUCUGUGAAAAGAUUAUCAAUGAAAUCGACGCAGUGUUUGUACGCGAUCCUGAGCUGAUUGGAUUCGAAAUCAUACCGAUGCCACUGAACCAGAACAAAUCACCGGUGAUCCAUGUCGAGCACAACCUGGGCCUGCAGUCCUGGUGCGUGGAGUUUAUCUACGCGUACGCACACCGAUUGAUACUGCAGUACCGUAACGAAUGGCUGGCCUCCAACGCGCUGCCCGUCAGCUGCGGAACCGGCUGCUGGAUGGCGUCGGAGAAGGGCAAACUCGGUGGAUGCCUGCACAGUGGAGGAAGCGGCGGAAAUGCCGGGAACGGAGCCAGUGUACCGAUCAUCAAGUACCUAAACUGUGCCAUACUGAUCAACCCGGAUGUAGCCACCUUCUGGAACCUGCGCCGGCAGCUGUUUGCGAAGAAUCGGUUAGACAUUUCGAGGGAGUUCCACUUUUCGGCCCUCGUACUCAGCAAAAAGCCCAAAUCGAACGAAGCGUUUGCGUACCGACGAUGGCUGUACCUGUUCCAGAGUUACGAUGCCAUCGAUUGGUCGUUUGAAAUAAGCCUGUGCGAGAAGAGUGCGGACAAGAGCAACACCAACUAUCACGCCUGGUGCCACCGGCAAUGGGUGCUGAUGAAAGCGCCCCAGCUGCUGAAGUACGAGGUGUACAAAACGGAAAAGUUCAUCCGCAAGCACAUCCACGACUACAGUUGCUACAACCACCGCCAGUUCGUACUGGCCAAGAUGUUCGAGCUGUGCUACUUCGACGACGAGGACGAUGACGACGACGACGACGAUGGUGGUGAAGGGUCGGCAUCUGGUUCCACCGAGCCAGCCACUCGGAAACGCCGCAAAUAUGACGCACUCUGUACGCUAAUCGAAUCGCUCACCGGCAGCCCGGCACCGACCGUUGUACCUUCGCAGGAUGCCACGGUGCACGGUCUCCUGCGCUACCUGAUACCUGCCAUAACCAAAGAGCAGCUCGAGCUGCUGAGCCAACUGCGGGUGCAAACCUUCCUGUACUGUCUCAACCAGGCCGCAUACGAUUUACGGAUGUGUGUCGAACUUUGCGCCCUUCACAGUGUUUCGCAGGCGCUGGAAAAUCAUAGGAAAUUUAUGGUAAAAUUUCUCAUCGACCGGUUGCGGCAUGCACCCGGCUGGUUGCUACGGGCGGCGGAUGAAGCUUAUCCUGGACCAAGCGGAACCGGCUGCCAGCAGCCACUUUCGAAGAUCACCCGGCUCGAUGAGGAUGCCAGCGAGCUACUGCAGGCCCUGAAAGUGGACGAGCUGCGCCGGGCACAGGCGGACCCACGGCACGCGCAAUGGUGCAAAUCUUUCCUAGGGAUCGAAUCGGAACAAUAGGAGGCUGAGAGUGUCCUUUGCUAAAAGCAACUGGUGCUACGAUCAUGUUCCUAGUCCUAGACCCCCCACUGUUACGCAGUAGCUCGAAUGUUAUCGUAUUGCUGUCGAUCUGUUCGUUAUCUUCAUGAUCAGUUACUUACUGCUCGGUAACUGAAGCGAACACCAUAGGAGAUUUUAAUAUGUAUUUUUCCUUCUUUUCUAAUAUUUACAAAUCAAAAGUAAGUGCAAAUUUUGCAAACGCUCUUGAAUGUUUAUGCUUCCCAUCGUUCGACGAGCUUCAGGCGGGCUUCGUUUUACCAAGCAAUAAUAUGACAACAAAUGCACAAGCUCGACUUCCUAUUAGCCAAUUUUACUCCGAAACAAUCAAUAAAGCAAACUAUUUUUAGAGAUUAGCCCAAAAGUUGAACUUUGUUUUAGAAUAUUUUUUUCCUUGUCCGCACCUGCCAGCAUAAAUAAUAAAGAUGUAAUGAAA